CUCUUUUCCUCUCCUCCCUCUGUUCCUUCCCUUCUCUUCACAAUACCCACGCCUGCUGUCCUUUGUUUGCACGUUGCUUGCCGUCCUUCCAUUCCUCGUUCUAGCCUCCGACAGCACCCCUCCCCCUCUCAUUUCUGCGCGCCGCCAAAGCCUCAACAAAGCUGAACCAUGGCCGCGAUACAGAACUUCAAGAACUUCUUGCGUCAUGGCAAGCAAGCACGCGCAAACCCCCCUCAUGGCGAGGCAACUACCAACGUGACCAACGUCCACGCACAGCACCAGCGACACCACCACCACGGCCAGCCGGAUCACCAGUAUGCCCUUAGCGACCCCAAUUUCAUGGAUCAGAAGCCCUUACAACACAGUGCUCCUCAAGGUGACUAUUCCGCCGCCGUCAUUGACAAUAGGAAUGUUGCCGCCCAGGCCGUAGACGCAGCGGCACGGGCCGCCGGCGACCAACACAAGAAACAAGCACACAAGCAGGCAGGCACGACAGACCGGAAAGACUACGAUCCGACAGUACUCGAACUCAUCGUUGCAGAGGAGCGGGAGAGCAAGGGAAAGCUUCCCAAGUACCCCGGUUUAGAGCGAUGGACGCUACUCGAGAAGAUGGGCGAUGGUGCCUUUAGUAAUGUAUACCGCGCGAGGGAUAAUACCGGCCAGUAUGGAGAAGCCGCUAUUAAAGUCGUCCGCAAGUUUGAGAUGAACUCGAAUCAGGGCGAUAAACACAUCCACCCGGAUUUUAAGAAAGCGCCAAAAACAGUGGAGAGAGCCAACAUCCUCAAGGAGGUUCAGAUUAUGCGACAACUCGAUCAUCCCAACAUUGUCAAGCUACUCGACUUCUCCGAGUCCCGCCAGUACUACUACAUCGUCCUGGAGCUUUGUCCUGGAGGCGAACUUUUCCAUCAAAUUGUCCGCCUGACGUAUUUUAGCGAAGACCUUUCGAGACACACAAUCAUUCAAGUUGCGAAAGCCCUGGAGUACUUGCAUGAGGAAGCGGGUGUCGUCCAUCGCGACAUCAAGCCCGAGAAUCUUCUGUUUUAUCCGAUCCCUUUCGUUCCGACCCGCAACCCGAAGCCAAAGGGUCCUGAUGAUGAGGAUAAAGCUGACGAGGGCGAGUUCAUCCGGGGACAGGGUGCAGGUGGCAUCGGUCUCAUCAAGAUCGCCGACUUCGGGUUAUCCAAAGUCAUCUGGGACAGCCAGACCAUGACGCCAUGCGGUACCGUGGGUUAUACUGCCCCGGAGAUUGUUAAAGACGAGCGUUAUUCGAAGAGUGUUGACAUGUGGGCGCUUGGAUGUGUCCUAUACACUCUUCUCUGCGGUUUCCCUCCAUUUUACGACGAAUCUAUUCAAACCCUUACAGAAAAAGUGGCUCGCGGCCAGUACACCUUCCUUUCGCCAUGGUGGGACGACAUUUCCAAGCCUGCCCAGGAUCUUGUUUCUCACCUCCUCACCGUCGAUCCCGAAAAGCGAUACGACAUUAAGCAAUUCCUCAACCAUCCCUGGAUCCGUGAGGUGGAAGAGCUUACAUACGCCGCCGCUGAUGCGCCACCACUUGCCACUCCGCUCUAUGUACGGCAGAAGGAGUUCAUUCAAGGCAAGGGCGAUGCUCUUCAAGCCAAUUUCGCCUACCUCGAAUCCCCCGGAGCGAAGCGCCAGGACUUCCGAUCUCCUGGCGUGGUCAACCUACGAGAAGUUUUCGAUGUAGGAUACGCCGUGCAUCGGCAAGAGGAGGAGGGUAAGAGGAGAAAGAAUUUCAAGCAAGGCUACCGUGGUGCCAACGCCAUGAACUCUCUCAACGCUCUCGACGAGAAUGAAGACGACGACGAGUUCUCCGCCGAGUCGGUACCAUUUGGCGCUUCUCAGCAACAUCCUCCAGCCAAGCUUCCGAAGUCACAAGGAGCCGACGUAACGGCCAUGGAGCAGAAGAUGCGGAACACGACGCUUUCGGCAGCGGCUCAAGCACGACAGCAAGUUAAUCCACCUGCAGCUGCACCGCGACAGCAAGAGCGAGGGUACGGCCAGCAUUCCGCGGCCGUAGCUGCCGCCGCCAAGCGUCAGGUCCGAAAUAAAGGUGCCUUCGAACUAAGCCUAGACAACGCUACGCUGCUUGGGCGUCGGCACAAGAAAGCACCUGAGCCGAGCGCGCUGCGGGAAGAGAUGGUGGCUAGCACAUGACAACCAAGUCCCACUUCGGUCCUGGCGAGAGAUUGGUGAUAUGACGUCAUUUCAUCGCUUGGCUGUCUUGAAACACAAUUCUAGGAACGCUAUUCGGCGGGCGUUGGUCUUCUCACUGCUUUUCAUUAAAGUUCUAGUCAAGCCUUUUCCUCUCUCCCACCUCUAUGAUCUGCUCGUUUUGUCCAGCCUCCCGAUAGCAUAUGUGUGCAUUCUGCUAGUUUCCUUUUUCAUAUCUUCGUCUUGAGUGAACUUUUCUCUCAGAGUCUGAGAGUCUGACUAGGACUGGGUACUCAAGAAAUGGACAGUUAUAGUUAAAUAUCAAGUUGGGGCAGCGGUUGAACUUGGCCCUGGGGGUCAGAUAUGACAUAUGCCAAAUCGCUACUGUAGAAAGGAAUAUAUGUAUUAUAUUUCGAUCGAA